UCAGGUGCAGCAGUCUCGCGCCGGCUCUUUACACACAACGCGCAGCAGCCAUCCGGCAAAAAUAUAAAACAAACUGGCGGAUGUUUCCGUGUUUUUAGCCUCUCAGCAUAAAGGGGGCUAUUCAGAACAGACGACUAACGCUGACAUAUUUCUAAACUCUCUCUCUCUGUGCUUUGGCAGGAAAGCGCGACUAGAGAAUCCGAUAAUAGUUGAGAAAUGGGCCGCAAGUUGGACAUGUCAAAUCUGACAGAGGAGGAGGCAGAGCAUGUGCUGGAGGUGGUGCAGAGAGACAUGCAGCUACGUAAGACAGAAGAGGAGCGUCUUAGUGAGUUGAAACAGGAGCUGGACCAGGAGGAGAGUCGUUGUGUUCUGCUGUCACGUCAGAGUGGCUUUAAUGAGCGCUGCUGCAUCCGCUGUUGCUCAUCCUUCACCUUCUUUUUGAAGCCACGCCGCCGCUGCUUGGACUGUCGCUACAACGUCUGCAAGCGCUGCUGUUCGUAUUCUGAAACUGACAAAACCUGGCUGUGCUCCGCCUGUGAGAAGAGCAGACUGCUGAAAACACAAUCUCUAGAGUGGUUCUACAGUAAUGUGAGGAGACGAUUUAAGAGGUUUGGAAGUGCCAAAGUGCUGAAGAUGCUCUAUAGGCGGCAUGUAGGAGACCAGGGGAGCCAGGCCGAAUUUACAGACGGAAGUGUAUAUGCUGAAAGCACUGACGACAGUGUUUAUGAAAGUGACACUACAUUCUACAAGCACACUGAAGAGUGCAGCAUGGCGGAGAGCAUUAGUGUGGCACUUAGGGUGGCAAAAGAAGCCAUAGAUGAGGCUAUUACUAAGGCAGAAAAACAAACAGGCAAUCAGGAGAAGCUGAAGAAGGCUUGUUACCUACGAGAGAACAGAGGAGAGCUGAUAGAAGAGCUCACCACCAUGAUUGUCCAGACAAUUAUCUGCAAGAAGAGAGAUCUGUCUGAGAUGCCUACAGAGUGUAAUCUGGAGCCAUCACCUGAUCAAAAUAGAAAUACAUCCCAAUCAGCCUUCUCACUUCUCACUGAUGAAAUACUGUCCCAGCAUGACAAAGCUGAGCAGAGUCCGGUGCUUUGCACACAGGGGCUGAAGAAAGAUGAUGUCCCUGCCAUUGCUAGCUGGAAUCAGAAUAUGGACUGGUUGGAAAACUCCUGUGCAUCCUCAGUGCUACAGAGUCCGGAUGGGAACUGGUUUGCUCUCCAGAGUACCCAACAGGCUCGGCUGAGCCUGCCGACCAAACACGAGAACCUAAUGUUUAGUGCCCUAGAGAAGGAAUCUGGUUUGAUCUCAGCAUAUGAUGGAAUGGCCUCUGAGACUGAGUCAGACUCUGACGGAGCCUGGGGUGCUGCCCCGGUGGAGAUUUCUCGCAGACUGUCCUCCAGCAAGCUGCUAAAAGACCAUCACACCACCAGCACACAUUCAGCCAUAAAAUUACCCACAAAGAAUACUGCUGACCAACCUCAAAAUGAAAGUGACCAGAACAACCCUGUGCCUCAAAUCCAUAAAUCAUCACUUCCUCUCCUGAAGAGAAAGGUUUGUUUAGAGGGCAGGCACUUGUCUUGUCAAAGUCAUAAUGCAAUGGGUAUUACAACAAACCGUUAUGGUGUAGAAAGUAGUGAGGAAGACUUAGAGGACAACAGGGUAAAGAGAACACGACGGAGGAGAAGAAAUAAGCGCGAGGCCACAGAGGGAAAAGGCUUGAGCAUAUGCAGUGGGAAAAGGCUAUCUUUAUCUGAACCUCAGGACUAUGGCAGGAUGCUACUGAAUUAUCUGUUGAAAUCCCAGAGCAAGACUCAGAGUGUAUCAGGAUUUCUUAGUGAUGAGACUAUGACUCCAGACACACCAGGCUCUAUGACCCCAGACAUUUUGAAAUCUGGGGACAUGACUCCUGAUGUUUUCAGACCUGAUGCAGAAGACCCCAACACUGACCAUCAUGUCCUGAGUGGUGCUUUGGAUCAGCAGCUAAUAUUCAAACUGGGAAGGCUGGCCAGUCAAUCAAAUGAAGCACAGUGCCAUUUAACCAGCAGUGAAAAUGGUGAAGUAAAAGAGCCUGUAGAUGAGAGACAUGAAAAGGGAGACAAGGGGGUGAAAGACUCAGAAACAAAAGAGAAUAAAGAUCAAAAUGGAGGCUUACCAAAUGUCAACGAUAAUGAGGAAAAGAACAAGAAAUUGUGGAAUUCAGAAACCCUGAGCACAAAUUUGAUUGAUAAUUUGCACAAUGAAUUUUUACAAGAGACAGUAGAGAACCAAAGUGCAUUGGAAAUGGAGAGAAUUGCCACAAUGACACAGAAAGUGUGCUUUGAUUGUGAGGCUGAGAUAAAAAGAGAACCCAAAGAGUGCAGUAAGCUAGAAUUAACUAGCUCUAAUAACAUUUGUGCAGAUGUUAAUACUACUGAAGACAAAACAAGUGAUAGGAGCGAGAGAAUGUAUGUGGAUCAGAAUGUUAAACAGGGAAAGAAAGACAGAUCAGACCGUCCAGCAGGAGUUGAUACUGAGCCUGACCUUGUCAAAAAUCAACACAGUGUAAAGAAUGAAGGUCAUAGAAGAGGGGCAAGUGAUAAGGUUGGGAAUCAAGAGUGCAGGGAGCAAAAAAAAGAUGCUGGAUCUGGAGAUGAAAGUCAAAAAGGCAGCAUGGAAAAUGCAGUAAAUGAAUACAGAAAGCAGAAGGAAAAAGAGGGACUAACAUAUAGUCAGGAAAAUCUGGAUUUUUGUGAGGAAGGCAACCUAGGAUGUAAUAAAAUGAUUGAGAAUGUAGUUAAGGGUUUAAAUAUUACAGAAGACAAAACAGAGGCACAUAGAAGCCAUACAGUAUACGGCAGAUCAAAUUUCAUCACAGAUGAAUCAAUUAUGGAGAAGGAGGAAAUGGGAAACCAAAAAGAACAAACUCAAACAACACAGAAUAAUCCAAUGGGGUUCAACAGCAAAGAAAUGAACAGGGAUGAACCAACACAAGAGAGUGAAAUGGAAAAUGAGGGCAGGGGUAACUUGCUAGGGAAAACACAAGAGCUUAGCUGUGUUACUCAGGCAGGACAGAGUAAUGACUACAUAUUCACGGAUGUUCUGGAAUGCCCUCCUUCUGGUCAGGAUGAGUUUCCCUCCCCAGAGGAAAUCUACAAAGCUCUGUGCUUAGAAAAAGACCUGCAGUUUACCUACACUCUGCUACAGCAGAAGUAUUCGGCUGCGUCUCUGCGCAGUAUUACCACUGAGGUGCUAAAGGUUCUCAAUGCGACUGAAGAUCUCAUCCAGGGUUCCAUGGGUCUCAGCCAGCCUGAGUCCUUGGAUCGACCUGCCCUUCCUCCCACUCAGAGAAAGAAACUAGAUGAGCAUCUCAGCAAACUAGAGGAAAAUGUAUAUGUGGCUGCUAGUGCUGUAUUUGGGCUGGAAGCUGAACUGGGAGAUCUUGAGGAGUGUGCACGCAGUAUCAGUGGAGAAACCACAGACGAAGAGCUCUCUCAUUUGGAAGAACAAGUGGCCUCGGCUGCUGCUCAAGUACAGCAGUCUGAGCUUAAGGUAAAAAGACGUAGUGAGGGUUGGAGCUCAGAAAACAUCUUUUUACAGCCAAACAAGUUGGAUGUCUGUGCCUUUACUCAGUGAGCUAGAGCCUCAAGCAGUCUUUUUCAUUAGCCAUUAUUAAAAUCACUUCACUGUAAAUGUGAUUGUGAUCUAGUGACUUGAAGACACUCCAAAAUUUGUACAGCAUUAUUGUGGGCCGGUUUCAUCUGAUGAAUGGUAAAGGAAUGAACUAAAAGUCCAAAAUUUAUUACCAUGUAUAAAACUAUAUAUCGCAGGGGAUUAUUUACACACUAUGCACUUCCAUGAGAUGUAAUGUUUUGUUUAUUAUGUGCCAUAAACAUUUGGAAGAUUAGAAAUUGAACUUAUGGAUAAUUUCGCUUUCAAAUUGACAUCAAAUUGUAUUACAUUAAAUGUGAUAAUCUAAAAAUUGAAGUCUGCAGGUAAUAUAAAGCCUUUCUAAUUCUAUUCAUAUCACAGUUUCUCAGAAGUUUGGUAGUUAACAAAUCAUGAGCAGUUCUGUUGCAUUUGCUCUUGUUUUUUCCCCUCUUAACUAAAAACUUUCCAGAGAAAUGAAUGUACCUUUAUAACUGCACACAGAAUUCAUAUGAACAGUUUGACAGCAAAAUGUGAUAAAAACGUGACUUAAUUUUGAAAGCAGAAAAUUUUUCUUUGGCACACAAGGUUGUCUAUAACAUGACAUUUACUUUGAAACUUCUACAUAUCCCUCUUUUAGAAGCUUUGACCUUCCAUUCUUUAGUCAUACAGUACCACAACAUGAAAAGCAAACUGUGUCACCUCUUGUGUGAUCAGUAAAGCAAAACAGAGGCAAAAAGGUGGCUGCCAUGAGUCAGCUAAAUGUGUUUAAUGGAGUUUUAGAUAAUGUUCAUGGCAAGAAAAAAAAGAUGUUUACAUAAUUUACUGUUACUGGCAUUGCUUUCCUGGACUUCAAGUAUCUGACAUGAGAUACAUGUGAGAAGCUGUUGUCUUAUUAUAUUUGCUCCAUCCCAAUUUGUGUUACCAUAUGGGACCACAGAUGUAUAUGCAAUCGGACAAUACACAAAUGGACUGUGUAUAGUGUAUGGCUAUACAAUGAACAGGAGCUAUCAUCGACAACCAAAUUACAACUGAAACAGGCUGAUGAUGCUGUAAACUGAACUUUUUUGUAUUGUUUUUUAUGCUUUUCAUGAUUUUCAGGAAUCUCUGUAAUUAACAAAGGUUUAGUGUUCCAGUCACUCUCCAUGAAAAUCAAAUCAAAGUAUGAGUUUUUUAAAUUUAAAAUUAAAACUUAACCAAAAUAUUGCUGAUACUAAAUUGUGUUCUUAAAUAACCACAAUCAUGUUUGCAGGCUGAUUUAUUCAUUGUGACAAAAACUGUGCAAAAUCACAUGAAAUUCACACUGAUAUAACCAAAACAAUGUUGAAAGAAUAUUUUAUUUGUGCCUUUUAACAGCCUUGUGUGCAUUUUAUUUUGCUGUCAGACUGCUCAUAUAUAUAUAUAUAU